AUGGAGAAAUCUCUGGAGGUUGUUGCGUUACAAGGACCAUUGAAACUGGAUCUGGAAUGCUUUGGUUACUGGAAAGUCUCAAUCAAGCAAGUCAUCUCAAGCAUUGACAUGAAAGCUUGGUUUGCAGUGGAGGACGGCUGGUCUCAUCCAACUGAGAAGAAUGAAAAAGGCGAACUGGUGCAGAAACACAGAAAGAAAUGGACAGCUGAAGAAAAGGCUGAGUCCAAACACAACUCACAGGCUCUGUCAGUGAUCUUCAAAUCUCUGCCAAGAGACAUUUUUAAUCAAGUUCAAGGUUGUGAGUCAGCUAAGAAGGCCUGGGACAUUCGGGUCAUCACGUUUGAAGGCACAUGCCGAGUUAGGCGCACAAGGUUGGACAAUCUUGCAUCUGACUUUGAGAACUUGCAAAUGACUGAAACUGAAUCUGUGGCAGAUUAUAGUAGCCGGUUGAGUGGUAUUGCUCAAGAAUCUGUUGGUUUGGGCAAACGAUACAAGGACAAGAAGUUGGUCAAGAAAUUCCUCAGAAGUCUACCUGACAAGUUUCAACUGCACAAAUCUGCUAUUGAUGUGUCUUUGAACUCUGAUGAGCUCAAGUACAAUCAAGUCAUUGGGAUGAUGCAGGUGUUUGAGAUGCAACUAAAGAAGAAAGAGAAGAUGAAUGCUAAGUCAUUUGCUCUUAAAGCUAUAGAGGAACAGAGGCUUGCUGAAUCUCAGGAGCUUGAAGACGAAGAAAAGGUGGGUCUGUUGGUUAAGAAGUACUUUCGGAAGAUGAAGAGAGGUCAGCGGAAGGGAACUACGUCACUCACGAAUGCUGAUUUUGACAAAGGGUUCAGGAAAGGUAAUAAGCAGAAGUCCUACAUCACAUGGAGUGAAAGUGAUUUUGAUGAAGAAGACAACAAAGGUGAAAUUCUGAACAACUUUGUGGCUUUGAUGGGAGUCAUCAAGGAAGACGAAGGAGACGAAACUCUGUUGUUAAGAGGGGACUUUGACAAGAAGAUUGAAUUUGACUCCGAUGGAGAGGAGGCUGGCUUGUCAAUGGAAGAUCAGAUAGGGCUUCUUAUUCAGACUGUUGUGCAAAAGACCCAAGAUAACAGUGAGCUGUCAGCCGAGAGAGAUACUCUUCAAAUGAACGUUGCAAUGUUGUCUAAGGAGCUGAGUGAAGAAAAGGCCAAGUCUCUGCGUCUUGAGAAGCAAUUGGAGGAACAACUGAAGAACAUCAGGAUGCUAAGUAAAGGAAGUAAAGAUCUCGACAACUUACUCAAUAUUGGACAAUCAAGCACCGCAAAGUGGGGUAUGGGGUAUCAAGGAAUCAAAUCUGAAAAGUCAACGCAAUUUGUUAGAGGGCAAAACACUGAGCCAAAACUCAAAGAACAACAUGUUGCAUCAAUCGCUCAACAUUAUCAGUUACCUAAGGUGAAUCCGCAUCACAGGCGGAUGACUAUGCAAUGUGAGUUGCCUGGAAGACAAUCAUAUGGGUCACACAACUAUCAACAGGAGAAGAGGAUGCUGAAUUAUGGUUUCUAUCCAGCUGUUAGAAGUGUUAGUCAAGGGUAUGUUAGGAAAGAUGAUCUCUACAGCUGA